AUGAAGAAGGAGGUGUGCUCCGUGGCCUUCCUCAAGGCCGUUUUCGCUGAGUUCCUGGCCACCCUCAUCUUCGUCUUCUUCGGCCUGGGUUCGGCUCUCAAGUGGCCAUCGGCGCUGCCCUCCAUCCUGCAGAUCGCCAUGGCCUUUGGCCUGGCUAUAGGUACUCUGGCCCAGGCCCUCGGGCCCGUCAGUGGUGGCCACAUCAACCCGGCCAUCACCCUGGCCCUCCUCGUUGGCAACCAGAUCUCGCUGCUCAGGGCUCUCUUCUACGUGGCAGCCCAGCUGGUGGGCGCCAUUGCUGGGGCAGGCAUCCUCUACGGGCUGGCACCACUCAAUGCCCGGGGCAACCUGGCCGUCAACGCGCUCAACAACAACACAUCAGCAGGCCAGGCUGUGGUGGUCGAGCUGAUCCUGACCUUCCAGCUGGCCCUCUGCAUCUUCUCCUCCACGGACUCCCGCCGCACCAGCCCAGUGGGCUCUCCAGCCCUGUCCAUUGGCCUGUCUGUCACGCUGGGCCACCUCGUGGGGAUCUACUUCACCGGCUGCUCCAUGAACCCAGCCCGCUCUUUCGGUCCCGCAGUGGUCAUGAAGCGGUUCAGCCCCUCGCACUGGGUCUUCUGGGUGGGGCCCAUCGUGGGAGCCAUCCUGGCUGCCAUCCUUUACUUCUACCUGCUCUUCCCCACCUCCCUGAGCCUCAGCGAGCGUGUGGCCGUCAUCAAGGGCACCUAUGAACCUGAAGAAGACUGGGAGGAGCAUCGGGAGGAGAGGAAAAAGACGAUAGAGCUCACUGCCCACUGACCAGCAUCCAACAGGGGCCGGCCCCUCAGCCCCUGAACCACAGGAGAAAGAGAAGAAAGCUGACAGCAACAUGUCCUCCCCUCACCGUUGGUUUUCUUGGCUGGGGAAGGGGUGCUGGCUUCCCAGACUCCACAGCUGGAAAUGGAAGCCCAACCGCAAUGGGACACUUGGGUGAGGGCCAGGGGCUGGGGGCUGGUGGGGGCAGGGUCUCUCUGG